GGACGCGACCGGGGCUCGCGCUCGGCCUCCAGGACACUCAGGCUUGACUCUCGGUGCGGCUACUGCAGCAGUUAUUCGAGCGCGUCGUUCGAGCGUCCCAGGAAUCGGAUCGGCUUGUGCGAGAGGAGGGGGUGGUGGUGCUGCUGCGUGGGGUCGCUCCGCGGGGGCGUGGGUCGAUUCUCCCCGACGAUUGUUGCUCCGCACGUGCGAAAAACCAUGUGUCGUCGGCGACUCACGUGCGUCACACCCUAGGCCAUAUCGCAGCGUGUCGAGAAGGAGAGCCAGACAGGCCGGCCUUGCGGGAUUCCCGGCUGCCGCCGCCGCUUUCGUCUCGCUCUCUCCCUCCCGGUGGAGCUUGUGACGAUAAAAAGCCGCCGCCGCCGCCGCCAGCAGUGCCGUACACGUGGCCCGCGACACCCCCAUAGCUGCUCUGCACGUCAGACGACAACAAGUGGAUCUCGCGCUGCUGCCGUGGCUGUGCUGCAGGUGACGCGAUAAAAAGCGAAAGGAGUCGUCGUGCAGCCAGACAAGCCCCGCCCGUCUGUCCGAGUCGUCCUCCACCAGCUGCGCCUACUCCCGAUGUAGGCGCUGCGCCCGCUGCAAGCUCUGGUCCGUAGCGACGCUGCGCGCGAUCCGGUGAGAGUGACAGUGAAGGUGAAGCACAAGAAGCGAAAGUGGAGUCACGUGGUCUCUGGUGGAACAACAGAGUGCCGCCGAUGCUGUGCUGUGAAGUGCGUGUGGUAGAGUGCGCGGGUCUCCCAUCGCGAAUGAGAGAGAAAGAGAGAGAGGGAAGAAAGCUGCCAGAGGGAACCACACCUUGCUUGCCAGCAGCAGGAGGCUAUAGGCUCAGCAUGGGAUCAGCGUUGACGUAGUCGCGCUCUCUGACGUACACUCGCACUCGCGCGCGCAGCGCGUAUACUCAGCGCAGGAGGAGAAGGAGGUGAGAAGGUAAACUCGUUCGGGCGUGGCUCGCGCUUAAUUGAAAGCCACGCGCGAACAUAAAGCAGCGGAGGAAAGAAGAACGGCGAAUGGAGCCCCGCUGAAAUUGGAUCGGGCCGCGGGGACGACGAUGGCAGGACGGCGACUCCCGGAUUAUGGAUCGUCGCAUGGCCCGACCACGGUUACUCAGCAGCGGUGACGAUCGGCCGCCUGUGUAUACACUAGAGCCUAAGAUAUUCUCGUCAGGCCUGCAACGGAGAGCCUAAGAGCAUUUUUAGAAGUCCUUUUUUAGACGAGCUUACAAGUCCAGGAUACACGUCCCCGUUUUUUAGCGCGUAGUCACCCAGUCAAUUACUAUAGAUGUCCCUGGCGGUGGCGAUCGUAGCGCUGCAGAGGCGCCGUGAAUUCCGCACCGCCAGUCCCCAGUAAACCCGUCACGGUGUGUGGUCUGGGGCGCAUUCUCGGCUACAUCGGCGCCAGGCCGGUGGGCGCCGCCAUGUCGUCCCAACAGCAGCAGCAGCAGUCCGGCUCGGGUUUCGGCAUCGACGGCAAGCCGGAGGAGGGCAGUCGACAAAAUGGCCGCGCAUCGGCUGACAUCAUGGCGGACGUCGCAAAGGCGGACAUGUCCAACGGCUUCGAGCGUCGCUCGUCCAGCCAGACUCGACAGCAGCCAGCGGAGAAGGAGUCCAACGCCAAGAACGAGCAGCAGAACAAUCACCACCACAGCCAUCAGCAGCAGCAGCAGCACUUGGAGGAGCGACCGGCGUCGGUGCCGGUGCUCCUGACUCACCAGCCCUACCACGACAACAUCGUGAUCGACAGGCUGCAGUUCGUCCAGCAGGGCGGGGCUCAGCCGAUACCGGUCCACGCGACCGCACAGUACGCCCCGGAGUACGUGAUCGCCGCGCCCGCGGACUCCUUGCAGUACUCGCAGAUCCACGGCGCCGUGUACAACGCCCAGGGACAGUACGUCUCCAGGGAUCCCAGCUUCAGGGACUCGGCCCUCUACACUCAGAUAGCACCCCAGGGUGCCACCUACGUCCAGCAGGCGCCCAGCGGACAGCCUCCGACGUACUACGCCAGCAAGGGCAUGUCGGCCCAGCCGGUCGCCGGGGGCUACGUUCACUUCGCCCCGCAGAUCCACUACAGCCAGUAUCCCCAGACGGUCAUGAACACGGCGCCCUACGGCUCCCAGAAGAGCAUGUACCCGCCGCCGCCGCAGUAUAGCCAGCAGCCACCUCAGCAAACCGUCUCGGCCCAGCACUCGCCGAACCCGCAGAGGUUCUCCCACGAGCUGUCGCAGUACCAGGCCCAGCCGAUCAUUCAACCCAUCGCCAAGAACGUCGGCGGCCACAGCGCUCCGGCGCCACCCGAGAGACCGUCGCGAGGCCCUAAACCCAUGGUCCCGCCUCGCAUCAACUCCAAGAUCACCCACGAGUCCGGACACCGCAAGUCCGCGAGCGUGGAUGUUCCGAAUGCGCAGAAAUCAAAAGGCUCGGCGGAGGGCAGCAACGGGAACGAGCAAGGAAGCCAGCAGCAGACGACCCAGGAGUCUCAGCAAGGGGACAGUCGCUUUGUCCAGGUUACCGUCAAUCAGAGCCCGCGUACUCGCCAAGACGGAUUGUUCAUCGACGCGAAUGGAGAACCGUUGAAAGAUCAGUCGCAGCCGCAGCAGCAGCAGCAACAGCAAAGCGGCAACAGCGAGGCGAGUGACGACUGCGGAAUCUACGUAUCAAGACCGGAGCACCGCAAGUCCGUUUCGGUCGACGUGACCAGCAGUUUCCAGCGUCGCAACGACACCAUCACCUUUACGUUUCCGGGCGAUGGAGCCGCCAACGCCCAGCCCCAGCAGGAAGCUCCGAUCCUGCUGACCGCCCGUAAACCCGUGCAAGUCGCUGCCACUAAUGCGCCGGAUAACAACAAACCCGUGCUAGAAGUGAAUUCGGCUCCGGUCUUUCCACCGGAGCAGCAGCAACAGCAGCGCAGGAUUGACGUCAACGCGGCCAUGCGGAUGUCGCCCAUGCCGGUCCUGCCAGCGCUGUCCGUGGUGCCCAAGGGCAUCCUGGUCAGCGGCGAGCGCAAGUCCGUCGAGUGGAGCAGUCUCAGCCCGAACCAGCGCAUCGUCGUGCCGCAGGAGAACCGGCGCUCGGACUACUUCGAGGAGCACCGCCGGUCGCCCAUGACGGUGGACGGCAAGCGUUUCGAGGAGAUCCGCAGAUCGCCGAUGGCGUUCGUACCGAUCAGGGACGCCAAUCCGGCCGAGCGCAUCAAUCAAAAGAGCCCGAACAACCUGGCCAACCAGGCCUUCGAGAAGACGCGGGCCGAGCUGGCCAUGUGGGCGGAGCAGCGUCAGCGGCAGGAGAUCGAGAGCAGGAUCUCGAUGCAGGGCCGCGAGAUGUUCACCACGAGUCCUCGCUCGCGCAACCCGUCCGAGGAGAGGCGGCCGGACAGCAGGAGCUACAUACAGGUGGACAAGGAGACGCGCAUGGCGGUGCCGUCGUCCGCGUUCCAGCCCAUCGCCAACAUCACUCCCAGCUCGAUCAUGGAGCAGCGGCGUCACCUGCGUCACGUCAGCGCGGACCUCACCAAGCACAUGGAUCUCACGCGCAAGGAGUUCGACGACCAGCACCUGACCGGCUCGGUCAUCAACCUCGGCACCACAGCCACCUCGACGGCCACGGCCAACGUCAUGUCGCAGCGAGCCAGUCCCAGUCCCAACAUCUGCUUCCAGUACCCGGCGCUGAGCGAGGCCAAGCUGGACACCAAGAUGGCGCUGAGCAUCGUGACGGACUUCAACGAGCCGGCGUCGAAGCCCCUGGAGCAGGUGGACCACAUAAUCCACAGCCACCGCAAGAGCCAGAACCAUCCGCAGAACAUCCUGAGCAUCGCGGGCAAGGGCCACGAGAACUCGCAGAACCACUCGGAGCAGGCGAACGACAAGUCAGAGGGCCAGCCGUCGCACAGCCAGCAGAUCCUGCACAACCAGCAGAGCAUCGACUUCAUCUCGGAGAAGCUCAGCCAGUGCGAGCGCCAGCAGAGCGACCUCCAGGCCAAGCUCCAAAGCCUGCAGAGCCAGAACGAGAUCCUGGACAAGGUCGCCCAGUACCAGUACCAGCAGAACGACCUGCAGACGCGCAUGCACAGCCUGCAGCUCCAGAGCCAGAUCGCCGAGAAGCUCAGCCAGAAGCAGAGCUCCGAGUUCUCGCAGUCGAGCUCGCACAGUAGCAGCGACCAGGAACAGACGAACAAGGUCAUCCUGAACCAGUGCAUCAACGCCUCGAGGCAGCUCUACGGCCAGCCUCUGCUCACCACGGUCCCGCCCCAGAUGCACGCGAGCUACAUCAGCGAGCGCGUCUCGCCCAGGCUGCAGUUCCAGGAGGACUCUGACUGCGACUCGAUGCAGAUACCGAGCAUCUCGCAAAUGCCGCUGCCCAGUCUCACGCAGUUCGACAGGGCGGACGUGCUGAGCAGGGGCUCGUACACGCAGCUCCAGCAGCGCGGAGACAAUCUCGACAGCAUCCCCUGCUCGCAGAUGAGCCUGGCAUCUCUGGGGAGCCUCAACUUCACCGGGACGCUGAAGAAGGUGCCGCCCGAGAAACCACCGAGGACCUCGCUGAUUGUCCAGUCGCCCGACACCGAGAGCAACCGGAGCCAGCCAGCCAUAGGACUGAAGCACACGUCAAAGGCGCGGCCGACGAUCUUCGGUACGGUGGCAUCGGACCUAAAUCCCAAGGACGGCAACAGUCGCAGGAGCCUGCCGCAGACGCCGGCCGGAAGUUUAGCAGCUAAGGCCGGCAGCAGCGGAGUGGGCGGAGCUGGUAUGGUCAACGGAUCCGGCGCCAAUCAUCCGGACGCCCGAGACGCCGCGGCCAUUAGCGCCGAGCAACACGAGCUGGUCUAUCGGGACGGAAAUCUGGUGUCCGGUUCGUUAGACGCCCUGGUGCAGCACAUGGUGCCGACCGAGGAGUACUACCCGGAUCGGGCUUACCUGUUCGCCUUUCUGCUGAGCGCCCGGCUCUUCAUCAAACCCCACGAGCUACUCGGCGAGGUCUGCGCGCUCUGCGAGCAUCAGCAGAAUCUCAACGGCGAGGGCGGCAAGGAGCGACUGCACCGGUUCGUGCCACGGCUGGUACAGCUACUGGCCGAGUGGACGGAGACCUUCCCGUACGACUUUCGGGACGAGCGGGUGAUGGGCCACGUCAGGUCCAUAACGCAGAAGGUCGCGAACGUCGACGCCGCGGCGAGGCAGGAGGUCUCGGUGCUGCUACAGAACUUACUCCUGAAGCUGACGGCCCUCGAGAGAUACGAGGAGGCGCUACAGAGGCUCGCCACCGAGGCCAAUACCGAGCAGCUCACUCAGGUCGACGUGACGGAGCUGUGCCCCUCGGCGACGGUGUUGGCGCAACAAUUGACCCACGUCGAGCUCGAGCGACUCUCCUACAUCGGCCCCGAGGAGUUUGUCCAGGCUUUCGCCAAGGAAUCGCCGCACCUGGAGACGUCCUUCAAGGACAUGAAGAAGACGCGCAAUCUCGAGUCCUACGUGCAGUGGUUCAACAGGCUCAGCUACUUCGUGGCGACGGAGGUUUGCAAGCACGCGAAGAAGAAGCAGCGGGUCCGGGUGGUCGAGUACUGGAUCGAGACGGCCCGCGAGUGCUUCAACAUUGGCAACUUCAACUCGCUCAUGGCGAUCAUCGCUGGACUGAACAUGUCGCCGAUAUCGCGGUUGAAGAAGACCUGGUCGAAGGUGCAGUCGGCCAAGUUCUCGAUACUGGAGCACCAGAUGGACCCGAGCAGUAACUUCAGCAGCUACCGGAGCACCCUGAAGGCGGCGAUGUGGCGUAGCGCCGGCGCUACGGACGAGAGGCAGCGCAUCGUCGUGCCCUUCUUCAGUCUGCUCGUCAAGGACCUCUACUUCCUCAACGAGGGCUGCAGUAACAAACUGCCCAACGGCCACAUCAACUUUGAAAAGUUCUGGCAACUGGCCAAGCAGGUGACGGAGUUCAUAGCCUGGAAGCAGGUGGCCUGCCCCUUCGAGAAGAAUCCGAGGGUCAUCGCCUUCAUCCAGGCCAGCCCUGUACUUACGGAAAACGCUUUGGCACUGGCGUCCUUCGAUUGCGAGCCACCCGACAACAACCACGAGAAGGACAGAUACAAAUUAUUAAAAGCGAUUUUCUCUGCGUGUCCCGUAGAUCCGAGCUAAGCAGCCAGUGAAAAUUCGCCUACCCGACAGCCUGCGGCGGCAACUACUGGGAGAGGUACUGAAGGAGAGAAGAGGCUGUGGAGGAAAGAUGAUAAAAAAAAAACACCAGCGAGAGCGAAGAGAGUUCGCGUGCGUCGCAAAGACAACGACAAGCGCCCCGUCAUCGUGAAUAAUAUUUCAGCGGCGAAUCGAAAAAGGGAGGCUUGAGUCGCGCCGCCGUCGUCGUCGUCGAGUGCACCCAAGGAGAAAAGCAGCCGCAGAGAGACGCGAUGAAUUUUCCGGGCGUGGAUCAUUGUCAGCGUAAUUUAUUUAUUUAUUCUCAUUUUUCGUUUUCAAAACCAUUCGCGCGGUUUAUUAAAAUUUAAUGCGUGCGCGUUUAAGCUGAAAGCCGAAUGUAAGAGAGCACUUGAGGGAAAAUCUUACACGUAUAAUCUCCGGCGAAAACAGCCAAAUGACUUUAGAAUCUCUCCGCGAGAAAAAAAAUUCGCCUCGACGACGACGAGGACGACGACGAUCGGAAAGUUCGCGCGAGAGGAGAAAAAAGAAGACGACGAGGGGCGAAAAAAGAACGCCUCCGAACAGCCCCUUAAAGAGUUUCCGGGGACUUUCUUCGCCCCCCGUGCGUCGCGGAUUAUGUAGCCUAUAUGUGUUUAUAUAAGUAUAUACGCGCUGGGAUAUAGUACGCGUAUAUCUCGCUAUAUAUACGCGACGAGCGCUCCCUGCGCUGCAGAGUCGAGGGCACUUGCAAACUACUCCGCGGAGAGUUCAGAAUGCACGUUCCAUCCGCAUAUUGGACUUUUUUUGAUACACAGGGUUUUCAUUUUGUCUCUCUUGGUCGACGACUUUUUUUCGAGGAGCGGGGCUUUUGCCGGAGGUUAGUCGGCCGAUUUUUUUGAGUUUUUAUACUGUUUUUAAGCGCGCAUUUCAUACGAAAUUUUGUACACUUUGUCCACGGAAUUUCGUUCAAGGGUCCGCGAUGAAAUUUAAGAGCCAACGUCGUCGUAUGUCGAUGUACGGAACACAAAAGUCAAUUGAAACCUGCCAAAACGCAGCAGCAGCCGAAUCUCCAAAACUCUCGAAUAAAUAUACACAUACACACACGUCCGCGCGGACAAGACAAACACAGCCGCGACUUGGUAAACAAGCGCGAGACUCCGGUAUUUCAUUCCCGCGUCAAUAAGACUCUCUCGCGUAUACACUUCGAUCGUAGCUCUCGCGCGCGCACAGCCGAAGCUGCUUUAUAAAGAGCCGAAGGGACGACGCGGAAGCGAAAGCACUCCUCAAAGAGGGACCAAAACAGCGCAAACACUGAGCGUAUUACACGCAUUCUCGGUGCAUACGGAACCGGAGAGCCAAAGAGGCCAGAGAGAGAGAGAGAGAGAGAGAGAGAGAGAGAGAGAGAUGGGACAGCAGAUGUGUGCAAGCGCGUAUAUAGUGCACGGGUAAUAAGCAAGGGGAGGAAUGCGAAAAAUGAAGAUUCCGCCGAGACGUUUCGAGUCACGGGAAAAUUGCUGAUUCGCUAUCAAGGGUGUCGAGUGGAUUUUACGUAGAAAUUGCUUGCGCUUAUUUACCAUCGAUUUUUCCGAUGCGUUUCAUCAUCGUUCUCGAAUCGCCAGAUUUUUUACAACGACGCGUUACACAGUUCUUUUUCCAUCAAUUUUUUCAUUUCGAGACGAACUUAACCCCGAUGGAGACGGAAGAAGAGAAAAACGUCGCGGUUUCAAUGUAAAUAGCAAGUAUAUAAACAAGUACGUGUAUUUCCCUUUUGAGCAUUUUUGUGCCGCGCAACACGCCAGAGAUAGUGAACGAAAUCCUUUCUGACGAAUCUUUGUAGAGCGCGCGUUUCCUCACUGGAGCGAAUUAACCCUUGAUACGAGAAUUUUUUAUCCGCGAAAACACGAUUUAAAUAUCAGGCUCGAGGAGAUGGAACGCAGCGCUCGCUUGACAAAAUAAAAAUGUGCGUUCGAGCUUCCAUUUGUUCGUCUAUCUUUGUGCAUCGUUAUGCUAACUCGAGACACCAAGAUAUUCAACGGUAUACAUACGGCCCUGAAUAUUAGUUCAGGACUCAAUCUCGUACUGCCAUGACAACGAAAGUGCGUGUAAAAUUUUACUUUCUAUGCAAACUAAACGUCAGUAUUAUAUAUACUCUUCCUCGUAAUAAAACCUUAUUCUUCCGAGAAAAAGCCCGACUACUGCAGCUGCGUUCCAUCUCGCCGCCGGCGAAGCGGGGGAAAUUACCAUUUCCCCUGCAACAACUAACGCGACAAUUUAUUUACAAAUAUAUUAUACCAAUACAUACACGAUAUACGUAUAUAAUUUAUAAAGUGCGAUCGAACCGGUUCUUUUUUUUUUUAAACAAUACGUGCAUGUAUACCCUGUAUUAUUACUGUAACUUGUGUUAAGUACCUGUCCGAGAAAUUAUUACUACUAAACGUAUAUACCCGUGUGGGUCUCUCUAUGUGUAUGUGUGCGUGUACCUCACAUAGAUGCGAAGAUGAAGAUGUCAAUACGUUGAUGUAAAUAGGAAAUUUUGUAAAUAAUUACUAAUACUAUAUAAGUAACGAGAAAACCUUUGUAAGCGAUCCAUGAGAUACAUAUAUAAAAUACGUCGUACCCUUAGACCGUAAGUAUGUCGAUUUCGUAUGCAUGAGAGAUUAGGAAAAAAAAAACAAACAAAGAACGUACUGCAUGCGUAUCGAACAAAAAAAAAAAAAUCGUGACGACCACUUCGAGUACUUGCUUUCACAUCUAGUCACUAGUCAUUAGUUCUAGUCUAGCUUAUAUGCUGCGGAUUUCGGACCGUUUUUCGAAUCACAACGAGGCGAGUGAGCGAGUAUAUAUAAUUAUAAAUGCACGCGAAGCGAUGAUUCACGCGUUUACGUUGCGGCUUUUGAGAGGUUUUUAUUAUUAUGUACUUUUUGCGUGCGAAUGACAUUCCAAGUGCGACUGAGAGGAAAUGAGCAAAUGCUGUAGCGAAAUUAUCAUCCGCGGAUUGUGAAAUGUUCUCUUUACGAGCGUUGCGAAGGACAUUGAGGAUUAUCAUCUAUUUUUCGUUAUGCGUUCCAAAUUUAAAUUCAACAUUUUGAAUGUCCCUCGCAACCGACGAACAUUGCAUUUUCCAUAAUCAUUGUCAUACACACACAUCACUGUAAUACAUAUGUACGAUAAAUUUCUUAACCCGUCCUCUCGUGUACAUUACCGCAUCUGUAUCGAAGAAAAAAAGCAACAGUCGAAGUGUCUAAAUCUUAUCCUGACAUAUUAUCUACGUUAUACACACACACACACACACACACUUCGACGUGCGAAAAAUCAAUUAUAGAAACAAAAAAGGACACACAGCCUUUUUCAUAUGGUGUAAUGAUGUGCGAGGCGCGAUAACACGGUGUAAGAAUAAAAUAAAUAAAAUCAAGCCGUAAUAUAUCAUGUAACGAAAGUUGGCUCGAUGUCAUCUCGUAAUUGUGCAUUAUUCGGCAGUUCACAGUUAAUAAUUUUGGAACUAAGGUUGCACGUGUGUACGCACACGUGAACCUAACAAAUUCAUGACCUCGCGCACAAGACGCAGAUCGACUAUAAGCAAAGCUAUCAGUAUUAAAACUAAGGAAUCGUCUAUUCUAAAUGCAAAUAAAAAAAAAAUUAUUACUGUGACCUAAUGUAGUACUAACCAAUCUAAAUAUGUGUGUGUAAUUAACAACUCAAACUCUUCUUGGCACUAUUCAGUAUAAUUCUAUCGGUACUAAAGGCAAGGAAAGCAUCCUCAUCGGUUGCUCGCGAUCAUUUUCGACCUGUCAACUCGUCAUUCUACUGUCGCAUCACAAAACUUAAUCAUAUACGAGUUGUAUACCGUCGAAGACGCAAUUUUUGCACAGUUUCACGAUCCAUACUUCAAUUCGCGCAGUCUUGAUUCAAGCAUAUCGCAUAUAUCGAAGAAAAAUUUACUUCUUAUCAUCCUUCGCCGUCGUAGAAUAACGAACUUACAGGAUAACUAUGGACAGAGCGCGUUUCUUACACCGUCGACGCCGAGUAUUAUUUCUCGUGUACAAUAUUGUAUUUACUUACUCGUAUGUAAUACACACAACACCGCACGAUUAGAGGAAAGUCGUCGUAAAUAAAAGGAAAAAAAUCAGCAGCAGCAGCAAUAGUUUUAGGGAAAUCGAGCGUGCGCCGUCCGAACUCGUUCGAAGAGCACACGCGAUCCUCGAUCUUCGAAAAAGAAGUGUCUCGAGCGAGCUCGGCUCGCGGAUGACAAAAAACUAAGUAGUUAGUAUUAAGGGUAGUGGUAGUUACGUAGUAUUAAAAGAAACUACAGAAGAGCAGCAGCGACAAGAAUAUUUAUAAUAAAAACAAGACAAAAUGUAAUCGAAACGAGCACAGCGUGUAACGCAAUAAAGAUGAAUGAAAAAGAAAAUAUAUAGCUGAAAAGUCAAAAAUAAGAAAUCUAACGAGAGAUGCGUUCGUUCUUUUCUUUAGUAUACUUAUAUACAUCAUAUGUAUCGGUAUUUAUUUGUUCGUGACUUUUCGUUGAAAUAGAGAAAGAUCUAUGAUAUACAUAUACUUUAUAUCGCACCGCGCGACAUUUAUAUAUAAAGCGUAUUACGAUAUAAACGAAGUACCCGCCGUGCGUUUUUAUUACGUUAAUCAUACGAAUAUAACGUAUAAUUGUAUAACGAUUUUCAUUUCCCGACAUUCCGUUGAUCGAACUAUACUGUGACUGUGAGUUGUACUACUACUGAUGAACCUCGCAACGUGUAUCGAUGCAAAAAAGAUGGAAAAGAUAAGAAAAAAGAACGAAUUGUUGUUAUUAUAUGCGACGAUGACGAUAAUGAAUUUCCAUGGAAACAUGCAAGGGAAAAUGAUACGAGAGAAAAUUACGACAAGGGAGAGACCACCAAACAAUUGUUGCGUAUGUAUUAUCAAAGUGUAUAAGCAUAAUGUAUGAUCUUUUUUAAUUGUCAGCAUGAUUCGUCCUUUGUAAAUUCGGCAAUAUUUUCUAUGAUUUUAUACUAAUUGCAAAAUAUACUUAUAUACGCGUAUGUGAAACUGCGCAUCGCAUCGUACCGAUAUGAAUACGAGAAAAUGAUAUAAAGACGAGAUUCAGAUUAUUGUAACAUGUACAUAGUAUAACAUGAGAUACACAAGAGUAAACGAGCAGCCAUUACACCCCAGGAUGGACUGUAGAUGCGAGUGUUGGCACACAUCAUAUGUAUGAAAUAUACAAGAAAUUUCAAGGAAAAAUACAUAGAUUUAAAAAUAGA